AGAAGAAGGAAACUACGAACUUAACCUAACUAAGUCUAACUAACUUCUCGUUUAUUUGGUAACUUAUUUUUCUAGAAAAUAAUCGAAAAUCACGAGCAAGUUAUUAUUAUCGCUGUCAGUCAUUAAAAAAUUUAUGUUUUUUAGUGAAUAAUAAUAAAUCAAUCGAACAUGGCUAUGUUGGUGGUUACGAGGCUCUGCAAAGCUCCAACUUUACAGAAAGUAUCAAUUUUAAAUCAGUCACAGAGAUUCAAUGUUUAUAGAACAUUUACAGAAGGCAAAGAUGCUGCAACUAGAGCUGCUAGAAGGCAAAAAUUGGGUAUUAAAGAAAAACUCAUGACGCCGGCUGGGGAUACAGCAUUUUCUGUGGGAAGAGGAGCUUUAGCAGGUGGUUCUGUUCUUGGAAUAGGAGCUCUCGCUUAUUAUGGUCUAGGAAUGGGUAGUGGAGUUGGUGCACUUGAAAAACAACAUUUGUGGCCCGAUUAUGUGAAAGACCGAAUCAAGUCAACAUAUAUGUACUUUGGAGCUUCUAUUGCAGUCACAGCAGCCAGUGCUAUGGCUGCCGUAAGGUCCCCAGUAAUCAUGAAUAUUGUUAUGAAAAACGGAUUAGUGGGUUUGGGUAUAAGUUUGGCAGCCAUAAUGGGCACAGGUAUUUUAGCUCAAAGCCUCGAAUAUAAAGAAGGUUUUGGUCCCAAGCAAAUGGCCUGGUUGCUACAUGCAGGCACGAUGGGUGCAAUGUUGGCUCCAAUGUGCUUACUUGGAGGACCCCUGUUAAUUAGAGCUGCAUGGUACACUGCUGGGGUUGUUGGAGGACUUAGUACAAUAGCAGUUUGUGCACCAAGCGAGCAAUUCCUUUACAUGGGAGGACCUUUGGCAAUGGGUCUUGGAGUAGUUUUUGUUUCAUCAAUAGGUUCAAUGUUCCUUCCUCCAACCACUGCUUUAGGCGCUGGAUUGUAUUCAAUAAGUUUGUAUGGCGGUCUUCUUCUUUUCUCAGGGUUCUUACUUUUUGACACGCAAAGAAUUAUUGCGCAAGCUGAAAGGUAUCCAACCAGCCCCGGACCGUAUGGAGUCAGGCCUUAUGAUCCUAUCAAUGCUUCGAUUGCAAUCUACUUGGACACGAUCAAUAUAUUCAUUAGAAUAGCCACUCUUUUAGCCGGAGGAGGUCAAAACAAGAGGAAAUAG